AUGACGACUAGUUCGCUCGCGCUCACCACCAAGGUCCCCAUCCCAGAUCGCUUUCUCCGUCAGUCUCGGCAACCCCUCAGUCCUGGGCCGGUCUGUCGCUUUGCCCUGGAUCUUCCUCAUGUUAAUAAUAUUGUCUUUGUGCCUAUCUUUUGCUGCGGUCGACACCGCUCCCUUGAUGCUGUGGUAGCCGCCUUGAGACCCCCGCCGCUGUCUGCACAUACGCUGUCCUGCAUUUUUCGCCGCACUUCACCAACGUACAACUUUUACAGUUUCUGCCUGGGCUGUCAUUGGGAUGCUUUCGACGAUUCCUCUACGAAGAUGCCACUGCUGCCACCAGAUCAGUGGCAUUGUGAUGAAGCUGAACACAACGGCGACACGAAUUGCAUUGUGGACGAAGCAUGCUGCACAAAUGACGCUUGCUCCUUCAACUGCUCCUCUGUUUGCGAUGGCUUCGUCGACUGCGAGAUCUCCUCCACCGUAUGUUCUGACACUCAUUGCGAGGACGCGCACUGCGAAAGUACUGGGUCUGCAUGCUUCGAUAAGAGUUGUUUUGGCGACGGCCAUGAUAUCAACCAGAGCAUCACCGAUCUAUUCCAUGAUGCAAAUCUGCAAUGGGAUGCCUCGAUGUUCCUGUCUUCUGAUGUUAACCAGCAGACUCACACCCCUACUGAAUCUCAUUUAAUGAACCCGUCAAUUGCUACCAAUGAGCAAUGCAGCACGGAUGUCCAGCCUCCUCCUUCCCAAUUUCAUGGCUCUACUUAUAAUUCGCAUCACAGUCACUCGUGCCAUCAAGCGUCUAACGACUGCAUGGGCCUAUGGGGGCCUGACGCUUCUUCUCACGCAGACUUAUGCCAUCUCGACAUGUAUAACAUGCUCGGUACUUCAUCCAUGUUUAUGGAGACCUUUCUUGUUCGGACGCGGGCUUCCAACAUCUGGGUUGCUACCUCAGGAAUUCAGGAGAUACUGGAUUACAACAGUUCUCAAAAACGCAAUCGCAUAGUCGCGUUCAUCGUCAUCUCCACAGCCAGUCACAUCACAGAGUCUCUCAUUACUCUCGGCAUGCGUCCCGACGAAGCGCCAGUGUUCAUUUAA